AUGGAUGAGUUUGAUGCAAUACCCCCAUCUGCCCUACCAGUGCCCCAAUCUACUCGUGAUAGUGAAUCAAGUGAGCUGCAUGAUGCUUUAUCUAACCCCAAAUGGAUGGAUGCCAUAAAUGUUGAAAUGGAUGUCUUGAACAAGAAUAAAACAUGGGAUUUACUUCCUUUACCACGAGGGAAGAAAGCUGUUGGAUGCAGAUGGGUGUUUACUUUGAAGUAUAAAGCUGAUGGUUCCAUUGACCGUUACAAGGCUAGAUUGGUAGCAAAAGGUUAUACUCGGACCUAUGGAGUUGAUUAUUUGGAGACCUUUGCUCCAGUAGCAAAGCUCAAUACUGUGCGUGUACUAUUAUCCCUGGCUACUAACCACAACUGGCCCUUAUUACAAUUCGAUGUCAAAAAUGUGUUUCUACAUGGUGACCUCAAUGAGGAGAUUUACAUGGAUCUCCUUCCUGUUAUUCCUGUAACCUCAAAGGAGGGUGUUGUGUGUAAGCUGCGGAAGUCUUUACAAGGAUUGAAGCAGUCUCCAAAAGUGUGGUUUGGGAGAUUUGCAGCAUAUAUGAAGAAAUUUGGGUAUGUGCAGAGUAACUCAGACCAUACUUUGUUUCUAAAGCGUCAUAAAGGUAAAUUGACAGCUUUAAUUAUUUAUGUUGAUGAUAUGAUUGUGACUAGAAAUGAUCAGGCAGAAAUGCAAAAUCUUCAGAAGUAUCUGGCUUCCGAGUUUGAGAUGAAAUCAUUGGGUGAUUUUGAACAGAAUCAUAAGUUGGGGUUGUAUCUUGAUCAAGUCCCUACAGAUAAAGAGCGUUAUCAACGACUUGUGGAGAAAUUUAUUUAUUUACCUCAUACACGUCCUGAUAUUGCAUAUGCAGUGAGUGUAGUGAGUCAGUUUAUGCAUUCUCCUAGUGAAGAUCGUAUGGGUGCUGUGAUGCGCAUACUGAGGUAUCUGAAAACGUUUACGUCUGGGUAUUUCACAUUUGUUGGUGGUAAUCUUGUUACUUGGAUGAGCAAAAAGCAAAAAGUGGUGUCUAUGUCUAGUGCCGAGGCCGAGUACCGUGGGAUAGCUCAAGGUGUGUGUGAGUUACUAUGGUUGAUAAGAUUGUCGAGAGAUCUUGGGUUUGGACCCCAGAAACUCAUGGAUUUGUAUUGUGAUAAUAAAGCUGCAAUUGCAAUUGCGCAUAAUCCCGUGCAACAUGAUCGUACAAAGCACGUAGAGGUUGAUUAA